GCUAUUUAUGCUGAGGUCAUGCAGUAAGGCGAUCCAUUCAAUAAGCGUGAGCAGAACUGGCUUGCGUCCCGACUUCGCGUGCUGCCAGACGGAAUAAAACAUUGGUGUUCCAUUGAAAGAAAAAAAGUUUGGAUUUUUACUUACUUCUCGAGCCUUCGGUUUUAGUUUAUCUGUGUUUUGUUGUUUGGAUUUACUAAAGAAAAUAAGAAAUUUAUCUAAAUGCAGUGGUGAUAACUGCUUCUACUUCUUCUAACUGUGGUAACUUGCUAUUGAAACCGUGUGAUAUAGUGGCAGUACAGAACAAAGGACUACCAUACUUCACAAUUCCCUCCAGCUGCAGUGGUAUGGCCCAAACCUGCAGUCAAAAUAGCUAUCCGUUGUGUGCACCAGUCAUGAUCACUCUUGGAGACCAUGCUAUUAUGGACCAGUCCUCUCAAGUCGGUAUCACACAGAACGGGGGCACCACCUCCCCCUCUCACUCAGACGAUGGCGUCAGUAAAACAAAUCUCAUCGUCAACUACCUACCACAAACUAUGUCACAGGACGAAAUCCGCUCCUUGUUUUCCAGUAUCGGCGAGCUAGAAAGCUGCAAACUCAUUCGUGAUAAGCCAACCGCUUUACCAGUAUUGGAAGCAAUAGACCCUCUGACUCCCUCCCCAGGGCAAAGCCUGGGAUAUGGGUUUGUCAACUACAAAAGACCAGAGGACGCGGAAAAAGCCAUAAACACAUUGAACGGCCUUCGGCUGCAGAACAAAACAAUUAAGGUAUCUCUUGCACGCCCAAGCUCUGAGAGUAUUAAAGGAGCUAACUUAUAUAUUAGUGGCUUGCCUAAAUCUAUGACACAGUUGGACUUGGAGGCACUGUUCUCUCAGAUUGGAAAUAUCAUAACAUCAAGAAUACUUUAUGACCAAACCACAGGCUUAUCCAAAGGUGUUGGCUUCAUACGUUUUGAUCAGCGAUGUGAAGCUGAACGUGCCAUUCAGAAGCUAAACAACCACAUUCCUGAGGGAUGCCUUGAUCCCAUUACGGUCAAAUUUGCUAACUCUCCCAGCUCCAAUAAAAAUCUUGCUGGCAUGGCGCCAUUAGCCCUGGCUACCUAUUUAUCUCCGACCCAUCGCAGAUUCUUUGGGCCAAUACAUCAUGCCACAGCCUCAAGCCGAUUCAGGUAUUCCCCUUUGGAGUCAGGACUGCUGCAGAACACUAUUUUACCCACAACACUCACCACGGCAGCUUCAGCAGCAGCGGCAGCAGCAGCAGCAACAAACAGCAACUCAUCAACCACAGCCCUCAACGCCACUGGCUGGUGCAUCUUUGUUUAUAACCUCGCCCCCGACACUGAGGACAGUGUCCUGUGGCAGCUCUUUGGACCCUUUGGAGCUGUCCAGAGCGUCAAAGUCAUUAGGGAUUUUACCACCCAGAAGUGUAAAGGAUUUGGUUUCGUCACGAUGACCAACUAUGAAGAAGCUUUGAUCGCAAUACAGAAUUUGAAUGGAUUUACCUUAGGCAACAGAGUUCUACAAGUGUCAUUUAAAGCAAACGGACGAAAACCAUGAACUGUAUGUUAAACUAAUUGAUGACAUUCUGCUUUUUCGGCAAUACCUAGAUCUUGAAACAUAAAACCUACCUACCAUACAAUACAAGUACUAGUAAACGCAAGAUACAAUUUUGCACAAAAUCUAAUGGCUGUAAUACCAAUCUAUUUAUGAUAAACCAUGCUCUAAUGAUCCAUUGCUCAGGACAAGAAAACAUACCAGUGAUAUCUAAAUUGUCUUUAAUUUUUUUCUGGAACUCUGUUCUCAUUAUUCCAUCUUCAGUGACAUUAGAAAACACAAAACACAAUCUUUCCAGUGAAUUCCUUUCACGUUUUUAAUAAGCCGUGGAGGAAUCCUAUUUUUAGAACUUGGGUGAUAUUUUCUCACAGUUCCUUGGGCUGACUGUAAAUUUGUAAAAUUUAUCAAAUUGUAAGGACAUAAUUUUAAAACUAAUUUAUAAUCUUAGUCGUAUUUUAACACUUGUUUUUUCUUUUAAAUCUUAGUUUUAAAGCAGCAUCUACAAGAUUUUUGUGCAUAAUCAAUAUUCUUUUAAUUGAUUGUUUAAUCUGUAUAAUUUGAGUUGGAAUUUAAUUUUAAUGGUUGAUUUUGAUAUUUUAACGUUUUCCAUGUAAAGAAGUGGAAAUCGGUAAUUGCAUAAUACUAUAUGUUAUGUAUGGAUGUAUGUGAAUCUCUGUGCUUCAGGUGCACGUAGAAGCUCAAUCUCAAUGUUCAUUAUGAACUUUUAGUUUAUCAUUUUAUGCUUUUGUUUCUCUGUUGUUGGUUUUUUGAUUUCUUUUAUUCUUUCUCUCUCACUUUCUGUCUGUCUCUCUGAACAAUGAUUUUGUUCUAUGGUUUUUCAUUUAUUAAACAUUUUUUUAUGUUAA